UGCUCCAAUAAUCCCACAACCACAACCCCAACCCAAAAACCUUCCACUCUCUCUUCUCGUCUCAUCUUCUGCAUCUCCAAUCAAGGUACAAAGCAGCACACGGAGAUAGCCAUGGUGACUAGAGCUCUCCUCGUCCUCACCGUGGCCGUCGCGGCGGUGCUCGGGACAGCGCACGGGGCCAGCUACACCGUCGGUGCUCCGGCGGGGUCGUGGGAUCUCCGGACCAACUACACCAGCUGGGCAUCCGGCAUCAACUUCCGUGCUGGCGACCAGCUUGUGUUCAAGUACUCCCCCGCGGCGCACGACGUGCUGGAGGUGAGCAAGGCGGACCACGACUCGUGCACCGCCUCCAGGCCCCUCGCCACCUUCACCACCGGCGACGACACCGUCCCGCUCCCCGCCGGCGGCGUCACCCGAUACUUCAUCUGCGGCGUCCCCGGCCACUGCGCCGGCGGCAUGAAGCUCGCCGUCAGAGUCGAGGCCGCCAGCGCUCCAGCGCCGGUGGCCAUGCCCCCCCGUGCUGCGCGCCCGCCGACUGCGUCUCCGUCCCCGGCGCCGAUGGCCGUGCCCCCUCGCGCUGGGCGUCCGCCAGCUGCAGCUCCGCCUGCUCCAGCGCCACUGGGCAUGGCCCCUGCUGUGCCGCCGCCGAUGGUGACGCCAGGCGCCAAGGCCCCGGCGGCCGCCGGUGGCAUGCCGGCCGUGCCUCCUCCGAGCUCUGCGGCGGCCCCGGCUGGUGUUGGGUCUCUAGUGGGGCUUGGAUUGGGUGCUGCCGUGGCUGCUCUCAUGGUCUUCCAUUAGAGUCAACGGCUGCCUUUUUUUUUUGUAAUUUUUUACUCACGUGUGUACUCAAUUUUUACUCUAUGAUGUUGAUAUGUACGUAACAACUGAGGUCGUUAUUAUGAGAUUAGAUUUUACAGGUACAAAUUAUACUACAUACAAACGAUGAAACGAAUUUGAACUGUUUAUCGUACGAAAA